CUCACCAUCAGUGGCGCUGUGUACACUUCUUAUGAGUAAAACAAAACCAACGAAGAAGAAAUUCACCGGAAGCUACUUUUUCGUUGCACGCGGUGUGUCCGGCCUUUCCAACAGGGCAUAGAGAGGCAACAUGGCUAAGAUCAAGGCACGAGAUCUGCGGGGUAAGAAGAAGGAGGAACUGCUCAAGCAGCUGGACGACUUGAAAAAUGAGCUGUCCCAACUCCGUGUGGCCAAGGUUACCGGUGGAGCUGCCUCCAAGCUCUCCAAGAUCCGUGUUGUCCGCAAAUCCAUCGCCAGAGUCCUGACGGUCAUCAACCAGACACAGAAGGAGAACCUGAGGAAGUUCUACAAGGGUAAGAAGUACAAGCCCCUGGAUCUGAGACCCAAGAAGACCAGAGCUCUGCGUCGCCGGCUCAACAAGUAUGAAGAGGGUCUGCGCACCAAGAAACAGCAGAGGAAAGAUCUCCUGUACUCGGUCCGCAAAUUUGCUGUCAAAGCUUAGAGGCUUUUUCUAUUGGUAAAAUAAAAUGUGUAAAACACCA